CUAACCGGCAGCUCGCUUGUUCGGGAUGUUAGUGCAAAAGUUGCAAUCUCUCUUCUUUCCUUCAUCCGCCGAAUGGUGGGUUCAGUUCAGGGCAUGGGAACAAUUGUGCUGUCCCAAGCGGACAACGGUGCGGUUAGUGGUUCUGUUUUGCUUUUUCCUACUGCUAGAGCUUACCGUUUUCUUCGUAACCCUGCUAUACAUCCCGUCACGAAUCGAUUCUGGAUCCUUUUUCCUCGACUACGGCGUGCCCGCGAUCCUGCUUAUUGCUACUAUUGGAAGCGUCGUGAACCUGACACACAUGCUCUCGCAACGAGGCAAGAUCAGUGGCGUGUCGUCAACGCUGCAACGCUUUGAUCGGACGCUACAACGACUCGACUUUCGGCUACGAUGCGAAGAGAUUAGCUAUUGGACGGCGGGAUGGAGCCUGACCGUUAUGAUCGCCACGAUUCUCUUCUCUGUAGCUAUACAAGCAUUUGGCCGUCUGGUGUUCAACCACAUGAACACCAUCGUCUUGAUAGCGUUCCUAAACGUAACCAACUUUCCGUACAUCAUUUUCACUGUUUGGUUCAUGAUGUGCGAACUUUGCGUAUGGUAUCGUGUGAAAUUGCUUCAAUCCCUGCUCGAUGGAGAAAUGCGCUCCAUGGCCGCAUCGACAAGGUUGGAAAAGAGCAAACGACUUAGCAUGGUAAUAGCGGGACUGACCGACCUGCAUGCCGAGCUGUGUAUCGCCGUUGGCCACAUUAGGGCGGUGUUUGCUGUGCAAGCGUCAGUGACUCUAGGAGCGUACAUAAUCUUACUGAUAUUUUGCAUAUUUUCGUACUACCGGGCCGCUGUCGUGCUGGGCCAAAUUGAAACCAACUUCGCAUGGCUCAUGAUAUGCUGGAGCGCGUACAACAGUUGCUUCCUCAUACCAAAGGUGCUGUUCGGUGCGUGGAUUCAAAUGGCCGCCGACCAAUUUACUAAACUGGUUCAUCGCAAUCUACGACAUGCUGGGGAGGAAGCUGUACAACAUCAGCUACACAUCUUAUCGCAGCAGCUGGGACAUCACGCGCUAAACAUCCGAACUUGCUUUUUUAACAUCAAUUGGCCUGUAUAUGCGUCUGUAAGACACAAAAACCCGAUGAAACACAACACAGGUGGCUUCAGCUCCAAAUUGUUUGUUCAAUUGCAGGUUAUCGGCUACAUCAGCACGUAUGUCGUCAUUCUGAUACAGUUCGAUAGUAAGGCAAUGGACAUGUCUAAAACAAAUUCUCCGAUUUCUCCCCACUCGCUAUGAAGAUUCCUAAUUCUUGAAGAUGUUCAAUCAAUAAAUCAUUUAUUUACUGCUUCGAAAUGCUUCAGCUGAUUCAACGCAGUUCUAUUGCCGUCACCAAUCAUUAACUCUGCGUUCUCUACUCCACUCCACGGGACACUCCAAAAUGCUGACGACGGAAACCGUCCGAUGAAUAGGAUAAAAAUGAUAUUAUGAGCCGUGAUAAAAAAAAAAA